ACAUUCGCAUGGCUUGGCUUGGCAGUCGUCGUCUGUUUGCUCUGCAUUCAAAAUCGCAGCUGUCACUAAGCUUGUUCGACCAACCAUCCACUCCGACAAGCCGCUCAAGAUGGACGCGACCGAUGUGGCACUCAAGUGCCUGUGUGGUAGUACUUUCGCCACCCCUCAAGACCGGCACAACCACCAACAGACUCGAGGUCAUAUCUUGUUCUGCUCCUGCACCCGCCCAUUCAAGAAUAGGAACUCCCUGAAGCAGCAUCAGCUCGACACUUCACACUCAGGCCAGAAGACUUAUGCUGGUCUCGAGGUGAAGCCUCCGCCACCACCACGCAAUGUCUGUCCGAUCUGCAACAAGAAGUGCGCCAAUGAAGAUGGCCGCAAGGCGCACGAGUCUGACAAGCAUCCCGCAUGCCCAACUUGCCAGCAGCACUUUGCAUCACGACCACAGCGCGAUGGGCACCAGAUCGUUACAGGCCACUCCUACUGUGAUGAGCAUCGCGUACUCUUCGCAAGUGUGGAGGCAUACACCAAGCACGAGGGCGACUCUGAACAUGUCAAGAGUUAUGAGUGUGUCGACUGUGAUCGCGCUUUCGCCAGCCAGCGUGCACUCGAUCAUCAUCUCGAGAGCGCCGGACAUGCUGCUACAACAUUGGCGGCCCUGGACCGUGCCAAUGAGACGGAGAGCGCCGCUGCUGCCCAAGCUCUGGCUGCAGCCAAAGAAGAGGAGAGCUUGAGAUGCGAGGAAUGUCAGAGAGACUUCAGGAGUCUACAAGGCUUCAAGGACCAUAAGGCCUCUGUGAAACACAAGCCUCUCAGCAAGCUCGGAUGUCCGUUGUCCGCUAAGUGCAACAAGCACUUCACCUCUCCUUCGGCCCUACUCCUCCAUCUCGAGAGCGGUGCAUGCAAGAGCGGAAUGAACAGACUGAAGCUCAAUGUGCUCAUCCACCAACACGACACCGCACGCCAGAUCACUCGCAGCAAGAACUCGGGUAGUGUCAUUGCGGAUGCUGGCGCUGCUGGUGCUAUGCCAACUGCCUCAGAACUCGCUAUGGGCCUCGAAGCUCUCUCGCUGGCGGGUAUGGGUAUUGCCUCACAGUCCUUGCAAGCCGAUCUACAGGACUCUCGCAGUGGAAUCAUUGUUGAGGAUGUCUCCGAUAUGGAAAGCACCACCAGUGGCGUUCUCAUUCCCACUCCGUUACGGAGCCGUGCUUCCUCUGUCACGGGUGGCGUCGUUCUCACCCCAAGCGGUUCUGCAAGCGAGUGGUCCUUCGUCAACCACAACAAGCCCGACAAGUCCUUCACGCCUUCGACUUCCGACGUUCAAACCGAGAGCCGUAUCGCCCUCGACCCGAAGACUGGCUUGUGGCCUUGCUAUGUCUCCGGCUGCAUCAAGUCCUUCAAGAACGAGCAGCGUCUCCAACAGCACCUCUACUCGCCUUUCCACGCUCCGAAGAUCUUUCACUGCCCUACGAGUCUGGUCAUGGAGGGCAAAGAGCACGAACAGGUGUUCAAGACGAUCAGCGGCUUCGCGAUGCAUCUCGAGAGUGGCAACUGCGUCGGAGGAAAGGAGGCUUUGGCGAAGAUUGCUGGGUUGUUCGAGAAGAAGAUCGCGAUGGUCACUGGAAAGGGUGUGAAGUUGCUGUUGGAACAGGAGUAGCGCAAAGGCGAGCUUCUAGUUUUUGGCCAAGCUGCGUUGUUCGUUGUCUUGCGACUCGUUGGCAGUAUUGGUGUUUGUUUUGGAGAAGAGAGUGGCUUGGGUACGCGCAGAGCCCUUAAAGCAUAGAUGAGAGAUAUUCGCGGCACUACUUUGAGGCAAGGUCGCCCUUGACCUCCGCUGCCAUGCAUAGAUUGACGCAUAGAUUGGCGCACAGUGUAAAUGCAGUCUACAACGCUUGCUGUUCAGAACUCAUGACCAAAGCAUAAUGUUCCCCG